UUUUUCGUCCUUUUUCCCUUCUUUUAAUAUAUAUAUAUAAAAAAAACGAUGGAAUCUAUUCCUUUUGAGAUUGCUCAUUGCUCAUCAAGUGAACAGGAUUAUGAACCUGAACAUCUCCUUGAGUCUAAUGCAGGAAACAACUCAGAUCCUUUCCAAAACGUCAGUCAUCGUGGUUGGCAGACACAAAGGUUUCCAGAAUAUCCACAGGAUUUAAUUUUACGAUUUAAAUCAGGACUUUGUCGUAUCUCUAAAGUUCAGAUACUAUCACAUCAUUACAAGAUUGCUUCUCGCAUUGAUCUUUAUAUUGGCAUCACAAAAGAGCAAGAACAUGAUUCAAUGUCUGUUCAGUUUACAAGACUGGGAUUUGUGGGGCUUGCUAAUAACGAUAGAUUUCAAGACCGGGAGCUCAAGUCGAUCAAAAUCCAGGCGGAUUGUGAAUACAUCAGACUUGUGAUUAAAGGUUGUCAUGAGAACAAAUUAAAUAUUCACAAGCAGGUUGGCCUAUUAGCAUUGAAUAUUCUUGGUCAUGCCGUUUGUUUGGAUGAGCUUGCGUCGGCUGAGCAAUAUCGUCACCAAAGUAUCACAAACGAGGUGCAACAAAGAUCGACACUACACCACGAUUUUAAUUUAGAACAUUGGAUUCAAGUGAUCCAAAAUGCAGAAGAAGAAUCUGCUCAAGAUGAAGACUUUAAAGAGGCAAAGAUUUACAAGGAAUUGGGUGAUAGAUUGACGGGACUUUAUAAAUUCUUGGUCGAAUUGGAGAAUGACAAACAUCAAGCCGUGAGUGCAAAAGAUUACGACGAAGCGGAUAAAAUCAAGGCAGAUAUGGUUCAGGUCAGACAAAAUGCUGAAUCUCUCUUGAAACAUUCCGGGAUCCAAAUCACGAGAGAUGGCGAUAUUUUGCCCUUUGAUACCAUGAACAGUUCCUCAAUUUAUAACAGUGAAGAGGAAGACAUGAUGGAGAAUGCUAUCCCUGAUUUACAAUCCCUUGAUGUUUCUUCCCCAGAAUCAAAGCUAAAUCAAUCUUCUUCCGCUCAUCCGGAUCAAUUAUUAGAUGAAGCUAUUGCUAACUGGACUAGUUUUGAUGCCUUGUCUAUUAAUAAGAAUGAUGAAGGAAGUCCAUCCUUGUUGUCUGCAACCAUUCCUAUCCAACAAACUGAGAAAAAGGUAGUGGUAGAGAAGCAAAUAGUGGACCCUGAAACAAUUCCAGAGCCUUUAUCAGAUGAUGAUAUUGAAUCUUGUGAGUUACCCAUUGAGCAAUUCGGUCAAGAUCUGGUUGCCUGCAUCAUGAGUGUAAAGGUUAAAUGUAGACAAAUCGGGUUAAAUGAAUUAUCCCUGUUGAUUGGGCAAAAGGAGGAUCAAGAUUUAGAGUUUAUCCAAGCAUCACUCCUAAUGAUUGGUGAGGCGGUAACAGAUUCAAGAGAAUCCAUCUUUAACCAAGCUAUUCAAACCUGGAAAGAACUAGAAGACCAAUUAUUAGAACAUAGUAACAGCAAAAUUCUUAAUUGGAUUGAAAAGUUCUUCACUCGUGUACUCAUUAGAACGAGUGAUAAUAAUCCUGGAAUCAAAAUUACGGCUACCAAAAGUAUUCUGGAACUCAUUGAAACAUACACAUCCUUAACCCCUCUUUGCUUUAAGGAGCGUAUGAUCCGAAACAUGAAGGAUGCAAAGGCUCGUAUUGAUUUGAUUAUGGUUAUUGUUAAAAAGACACUUAUCCCUCGUUGGAAGACCGAUGCGAGCUUUCAUCGAAAGGAUGUCAUGACAUUUAUUGCUUCCUACUUGAAAAAUCACCCUCAUGCAGAUGUUCGAAAGUCUACUUGGGAUCUGUUAGUUGUAGUUGCACAACAUCAGCAAGGCGCCGACUUUAAGGCUAUCUGCACCUUUUUGGAAAAUGACACAGUAAAACUACUUAGCCAGGAAUUAAAGAAGUCUGAAAAGAAAAAGACAAUCAUGUCCUCUACUUCUACCACUGUAAAUGAAUUGAGAGCUUUAGCUGUGAAAUCAAAUACUUCAUCCAAGUCUGCAAAGAAAAACGACAAAAAACCUGCAAGUAGUACGGGCUCAACGAAAAAGGCUGCUGCAAAGGCACCAAAAAUUAUUGAGGAAGAGGACGAAGAAAAAACAAACGUGUGCAUCUUUUGUGAUGAAGAAGAUGCUGAUUUCAACGAAGAUACUCUUAUAUCACAUUACUAUAACGACUGUCCCGUACUGACAAACUGUCCCAUGUGUCAAAUUGUUGUAGAAGUAUCUACCAUGAGAGAUCAUUUGAGAAAAGAUUGUGAACGCAAGCAUCUAGUUAAGCCAUGCACUCACUGCCGAGAAUCGAUUCCUGUAGAACAAUGGUUACAACAUACCCAAAAAAAGACGUGUACAGCUACAUCGCCACAACAGUAUCGUUGUCCAUAUUGUCAAAAAGAUAUGAGCAAAGCUAACGAAACUGACUGGAAAUCUCAUUUGGUGUCAACAUGUACCAAAAACCCACGCAUGCCCAAAUAAUCGAAUAUUUGAAUUUAUUUAUUUAUUAUUAUAC